GUUAAAACCAACAAUGUUUGGACAAUAAUACCUCGACCUUUUGAAGGAGAAUAACAUAAAUAAUUUAAGAUAUUUUGCUAAACAAGAAUACGCCCCACGCGAUAGCGUAGGAUACGCAGUAAUCUUGUCCAAAAAGGACAUUCGAACUAGCAACAAUCCUCAGAAAGACCAUAUGUUGACCUGUUAUAUUAGCGACCCUUCUUUGGAAUCAGGCACUUGCUGUUUAAAUAUAUUCAGUAAAAGCUUUGAGACACUUGAGGCUUUUCGAGAGAAUCGAAUAGUGAAAAUGACAAACUUUUAUGUAAAGGAAUUUAAUAAUAAUCCACAAAUUACUCUCAAUUCCUUCUCCAAAUAUGCUCUUUUCACUGCUACAGAAAUCAGACAAAUCGAACUCGUCAAUAUGAAUCUUCCUGCGGCACCAAACGAUAAAGCCAUCAUGAAAGCUUUAGAUACAUGGAACGCUGAGGCCUCGGGUUCAGAAGCAAUGGUGUGGGUUCCAACAAAGAGACCAUUGUUAGAGACUUCUCAGCUGUAUGAUGAUCCAUCUAAGUACUUUGACUUUGUUGGCCAAAUCGUAGAUAUUAAGAACUUCGAUGCGUUUACUCUGUUGGUAUUAACAGAUUUUACUGAGAAUCCCUACCCACCCACCUUAACUGUCGAUCAAAAGGUCUUAGAUCCCAAGUAUCUGAUUUAUUGCUCUGUAUGGGACAACCAUCGCAGUGUUUGUGCUGAUUUGGGUAUCAAAGAUUUUGUCUUCCUCCGUAAUUGUGUAAAAAAACUCACGGACACGUUGGAGUUCAACAUCCAUGGAAGCAAUAAUCAAAGUAAGCCGCAGGUUGUUCGCAUCUCACGAGACGAUGAUCUUUUGAAGAAUGUUCUUGCAAGACGAGAAUCGGUGAAGGCUAAUUUGAAGAGAUGUAUAAGAGACCAGUUAAAGGCAUACCCACUUCGAACGGAAUUCAUAACCAAGAAGCGCGGAGGCCUCAAAAGUCUCAAGUAUAUCAAAUCUCGACGUGGUAAUGGGGUUUGUGAGGUAAAGGCCAGUAUCUGUAAGUACAGUCCUCAAGAUGUUAGAGAUUGGAUUCAAGGAUACUGUUUUAGGUGUAACGUGCGAUCGCCCACUGAGACAGGUUCCCGCACACGAGUAAAGAAAAUAAGUUACGCAAAUGAUUUUGCAUGGUUUUUAUUGACUCCUCUUUUAUCUAGGGCACAUAGAUCAGAAGCUCAGUUCAAUAAGCUAAAGAGGAUAGUACAUUUAGCGGCCGAUACAGCAAAUGUCUUUUUUGACUUUUGUGUAGGUACUGUUGAUGGCCAGUCAUGCAUUGUGAACACGAGGUUCAUUCUUGAAGAAGACGAGUAA